AUGUCAUAUGAUUUCAGGUCAUUUAUCAACAUGGCUGCAACGCCGCAGCAGCUUGCUGUUGCUCUCCUGUUUCUCCUCGCCGGGGUUUUAAGUUUUCCGCUCAACCAGGAGAAGAAACGCAGUGUGACCUGCGGAUACCAGUCAUGUCAUACCACCAAGCCCGACAUGCUGAAUGUCCACCUGGUACCCCACACACACGAUGAUGUAGGCUGGCUUAAAACUGUGGACCAGUACUACUAUGGAGAUCGUAACGACAUCCAGCACGCUGGGGUUCAGUACAUCCUGGACUCUGUGGUGGAUCAGCUGUUGAAGAAUCCAGACAGGAGGUUUAUCUACGUGGAGACGUCCUUUUUCUACCGCUGGUGGAAGAACCAGAGCUCCAGCAUGCAGCAGACAGUCAGACAACUGGUUAAUGAAGGCCGUCUAGAGUUUGUUAAUGGUGGUUGGUGUAUGAGUGAUGAGGCUGCCACCCACUACAGUGCUGUAAUUGACCAGAUGACCUUGGGUCUGAGGUUCCUUAAUGAGACUUUUGGACUCUGCGGUCGUCCCCGCGUUGCCUGGCACAUCGAUCCAUUUGGUCAUGCCCGUGAACAUGCCUCCAUGUUUGCACAGAUGGGAUUUGAUGGCUUCUUCUUUGGUCGUGUGGACUACCAGGACCGGGCUCACAGGAUGAGGGAAAAGGAGCAGGAACUUCUGUGGAGAGCCUCCGACAGCCUCACGCCACCAAUGGCCGACCUCUUCACUGGAAUCCUUCCCAACGGGUACAACCCCCCUGAAGGAUUCUGCUGGGACCAGCUCUGCAGUGACCCACCAAUCAGAGACGACCCCGAUCUGGAAGACUAUAAUGUCGAUGAUGUGGUGCAUCGUUUCCUUCACAUCGCCAAGAAUCAGGCUGAGGUGUACAAGACCAAUCACAUCAUCAUGACCAUGGGCUCAGACUUCCAGUAUGAGAAUGCCAAUCUGUGGUACAAGAACCUGGACAAGCUGAUUCACUACGUCAACGCCCUGCAGGCAAACGGUAGCAAAGUCAAUGUCCUCUAUUCUACUCCAUCCUGCUACCUCCAGGAGCUGCACCAAGCAAACCUCACCUGGGCUUUGAAGAGAGAUGAUUUCUUCCCCUAUGCUGAUAGUGCUCAUGACUUCUGGACCGGCUACUUUACAAGCCGACCAGCUCUAAAGCGUUAUGAGAGGAUCAGCAACAGCAACCUGCAGAUAUGUAACCAGCUGGAGGUACUCGGAGGUCCAGUUUCCAGGAAAGGACCUUUUGGAGUGGGAGACAGUCAGACUUUGAGGAAAGCCAUGGCUGUGGCGCAGCAUCAUGACGCUGUUUCAGGCACAGCAAAGCAACAUGUGACAAAUGAUUAUGCCAAGAGGCUAGCCAAUGGUUGGCAACACUGUCAGGUUUUGGUCAGUAACAGUCUGGCUUCUCUCAGUGGCUCCACUGCUGAACGAACCUACUGUGAUAACCUCAACAUCAGUGUGUGUCCUCUGACUGAGUCCAGCAAAAAGUUCUCAGUCAACGUGUACAACCCUCUCGCUCGGGCUGUCACCUGGCCUGUCAGGCUGCCAGUCAAUGGAACAGCAUACACCGUAACAGAUGCUAAAGGCAACGCUGUGGACUGCCAGGUGGCUCCAGUGUCCACAGCCACUCAGGAUGUGAGGAGGAAUCGGGGCUUUGCUGUGAAUGAGCUGGUGUUCCAGGUUCAGGCACCUCCUCUUGGUUACAGCACCUAUUCUGUGUCCAUGCUUCAGGAUAGGCCCCCACCAGCCACCACACAGCAUGGGGCUCCCACACUGAUCCAGAAUAAGUUCCUGAGAGUGACCUUCGACCCAGACACCGGCCUUUUAAGCAGCCUCACCAACCUGGAAACCAAACAGAGCAUCAAACUAACCCAGAACUUCUAUUGGUACAAUGCCAGUGAUGGUCACAACUCUAAGAGUAAUCAGCCCUCUGGAGCUUACAUCUUCAGACCCAACUCUUCCACACCUUUCAUCAUCAGCAAGACGGCUAAGACGGAGAGCAUUCAGACCUCAGUGGUGCAGGAAGUGAGGCAGUGGUUUGCUCCAUGGGUGUCUCAGGUGGUUCGUCUCUAUGCAGACAGCAGAGCUCUGGAGCUGGAGUGGACAGUUGGACCUCUGCCAAUAGAUGACAGCCUGGGAAAGGAGGUGAUCACUCGUCUAGACACCAGCAUCAAAACUGCUGAAAUUUUCUACACCGACUCCAAUGGAAGAGAAGUGCUGCAGAGAAGGAAGGACUUCCGGCCCACGUGGCAGCUGAAGCAGUCGGAGCCAAUUGCUGGAAACUAUUACCCCAUCAACUCUCGUGCUUUUAUCAAGGAUGAUAUGGACCAACUCACUGUGGUGACAGAUCGCUCUCAAGGAGGAGGCAGCAUCCAGAACGGCUCUCUGGAGAUCAUGCUGCACCGCCGGCUGCUGUAUGAUGAUGUCCGUGGUGUUGCUGAGCCUCUUAACGAGACCUCUAACAUCUUCCCAGAGGGGCUUGUAGUCCGCGGUCGUCUCCUGCUCUCCCUUGAUCAUCCACCCAGUGCUGCUGACACACACCGCCCCCUGGCCCAGGAGGUUGUAUUCCAGCCACUGCUGUCAUUUACUGAUGGAGAUCUGCCCCCAAACACCCAACUAGAGUUUUCAGGGCUUCAAGCUGCACUGCCUCCUGCUGUCCACAUCCUGACAUUCAGUCAGUGGGAUGAAGAGUCGGUGCUGCUGAGACUGGAGCAUCAAUUUCAGAGCGGGGAAAGCAAAAUUAACUCUCAGCCUGUCACAGUCAACCUCCAGAAGCUGUUUUCCACUCUGGAUAUUCAGGGUGUGUCUGAGCUAAACCUGUCAGCUAAUCAGUGGAAAGACAAGAUGCGACGUUUCGAAUGGACUCCUCAGAAAGGAGAAAAGCCGCUGCUAAAGACGUAUGAAGACCCUUCUGCAUGGGAGGUCACCCUGAGACCAAUGGAGAUCCGAACUUUCCUACUCAGGGUCAUCUUCAGAUAAACAAUCACAUUCUUUAAUUUUUUUUUUUUUUUUAAAUUACAGAUAAUUUAGCCUUGGUCAGUAACCAAGGGCUGCUUGAUUACCUUUUGAAAUCCUUUGUUUUUAGUCUGAAUGCAGGGAUCACAGCUAGAGCCUGAACAUGUCUGAGCAGGAAUUUUAAUACAUAUUUUGUUUUUGCUUUUAAAGAUGAUCAAUUUUAGGACUUCUCUUUAACUUUUCUACUUGGUGACAUUGCCUUCUUUCAGUUCUUAAGAAAUGUGCAAGAUAUGAAGCUGCCUUUUGUUACUACAUUGAACUUGAACACAGCACAGUGGAAUACCACAAAAGACUCCUGACAUUUAGUUUUUUUAAGAAUUUCAUAGCUUUUGUUUUUCCUGCUCUUACAGUUACUAGAAAGUCCCGAUGUUCAUCUAAGAAAAAGGUCAUGUUCAAGACUUUACUCUCCAAAUUCUUUUGCACACUGAAAUUUGUAAAUCGUGUGCACAUUCGUGAUGUCGGGAAACUGGAAUCUGGCAUUUUGGUUUCUGUAGACAAAAAAAAAAUCAUAUUUUCUAAGUCGUGUACUGACUACUUGAUCUGUGCAAUAAUUGUAUAUACUUUUAAAAUGUUUCUCUAAUGUUUACCAAACAUGAUAAUAAAAGAAGUCAUUCUUA